AUGUCACUGCAGCUCCCGCGCAUCCUAAUCGUGGAUCACUUUGACUCGUAUACCCUCAACCUCCUCUCUUUACUGCAUCCAAAUUAUACUCUGUCAAGUCAACUUCCGUCCAGUCAAGUCAACGAACUUACUCGUAGAAUUUCGAAUCGUGUCGUCGUCCUACCGCACACACAUCCUCUCCUCGCCUCUACCGCAUUUCACGAGCUGGUGCGGCCGCAUAUAGAUGCCAUCAUCCUCUCACCUGGUCCUGGCAGCCCUGACAAGGCGGCAGACUUUGGCGCAGCAGAGACGCUGCUAAAGGACAAGUUGCUCAACCUGCCUGUCCUUGGCGUUUGCCUUGGUCAUCAAGGGCUUGCAGUCGCUUUCGGAGGUCAGGUCACCCGCGCUGCUAGUGUUCGUCAUGGUCUUCAGAGCAAACUCCAGAUCUCUGCAUCCUCCGAAACUGCAGCGAUCGAAUCCCACACCUAUCGCUCCAUCCUCCACGGUGUUCCCCAGGAUGCUUUGGUCGUUCGCUACAACAGCUUGGUGGUCGAUCCGGAUACCUUGCCAGACUGCCUCCAGGUAACAGCUUGGAGCUAUGACCAGAUCUCAUCAGCACCCGCUCCCAGACCUGGGACGACGAGGAAGCGUUCGACAAUUUCCCACCUGCAAACGCCAUCAGAACACGUCGCACCGCUCAGACACCGCGACCUUACUUCACUCAGUCGGUCACCUUCCACCAUACCAUUUUCCUCUCGGCAUGGCUCUGAGCGGCUUUCCGAGGUGGGCGACAUGACCCUCUCCGAAGCAACGAGCAUUGACGAUAUAGCAGAGGCGGAUUCUGCAUCUGACCCCGAACUCACCAGCUACCCCGUUAUCAUGGCGUUGCAACACAAGACAUUGCCGUUUCACGGCGUACAAUUUCAUCCUGAAAGCAUCGAGUCUAAUUGGGGCCACACCAUCAUGUCCAACUUUCUCGACACAGUGCGCCAGUAUUGGGAACAACGCGCAUUGCACCAGGAUGCAAAGACAGCCGCAGAGGCUCGUAAUAGGAUCAAAUCAUGGGAAAGUGCUGAUAGUACCCUUCCCACCCACCUCCAACUCGCUGGCGAGCGUUGUCUAGCGAGCAGUGGGCUCAUGCCAGCACGAUCAACCAGACAUCGCAUGCUUGACAAUGCCCCGUUCACCCUGCUGGCACAGCGCUCGUCGGUCCUCUCCUCGGUUAGCUCUCUCAACAUGACGCGUAUUUUUGAUCAACUCUUCCGCCAUUCUAGCCCCGCUGGCGCAGUCUGGCUCGACAGCGCGCGUCUCAAGGAUCCUCACAGCCGCUAUUCCUUCAUGGCCAUCCCCUCCUUCGUCUUGUCUUACAAAAAUGCAAGUGGCGGCCUCGCCGCGUCUGGUGACGACUGCUUCACUGCCCAAAUCCCCUUCACAGGUACGAGCAAGACCACACUGUGGUCCUUCAUGGACGAGCUGCAAGUGCAGCUGCAGUCUUUGAUCGAUUCGGAAGCUGCUUCUCUGAUUCUCGAUAAAGAUCAACAAGGCAGACUCUUCUGUACCGGUUUUGCUGGCUAUUGGGGCUACGAGAUGAAAAACCAAAGCCUUGGUCUCGAGACGAGGGCUCCCGUAAGUGACAACUCUGACGCGUUCGACGCCGAGUUUCUGUUCUGCUCCAAAGUCCUUGCCUAUGAUCAUCACCUGCAUCAGUGGAUCGCUUUCGCCUUGGUCGACCGAGCUUCUUGUACGGCGACUCUGCCCGGCCCUUUUGGGCAGGUCAAGAGCGCACUCGAACAUCUACAAGCCAACGGCAAGGAAUGGUCUCGAUGGGCUUCCGAUCAGUCAGAUGCCGAGACAUGGAUGCAGGAAACGCUCGCCAAAGUCGCUGAGCUGUGCAGCAGCGAGUCAAGCACUCAGCCCGCACUGAGCGCAGCCGCAUUCCGAGCCGCCAUGCCACCUCUCAAGCCUCGCAUGCUGGCCGAAGACUAUAUGGACCAGAUCGAAUCAGCCAGAGAGCUUAUCGCUGCCGGAGAAAGCUACGAACUCUGCAUGACCAAUCAGUUCCAAGGGCGGCUUCAGCCGCUCUCGUCGCUUCCAGAUACGGUCGACACCGAUCACUUUGAUCUGUACUGCAAACUCAGAGCUCGCAAUCCUGCGCCUUACUCCGCCUUUUUGAGACUACCAUCAUUUGCAAGUCGUGGCGCAGGAUCCGAGCUGCGACAGCGCGGUCGUGCGAUUCUCAGCACUAGCCCCGAACGAUUCAUGCGCAUCACUUCGGACGGUUGUGUCGAGAUGAAGCCUAUCAAGGGAACGCUCGCUCGAGCAGGAUUUGGACCUGGCGAACAAGGGAUGCGGGCAGGCGGCGGCAGCACGCCUCAAAACGAGUUGAUCAAGCAAGAGUGGCGAGAAGCUGAGGACGAAGCGCGGCGAGCCAAGCUCUCUGCCGACAUCAAAGAGCGUGCAGAAAACUUGAUGAUUGUCGAUCUGAUUCGCGCCGACCUCUUCUCGUUCUGCGACUCGGACAGCGUCGCUGUGCCCAAGCUGAUGGAGGUCGAGUCGUAUGAGACAGUGCACCAAUUGGUGACAACUGUAACAGGAAAACUCAAAACCUCUGUCGGAACGACCGAAGCGAUUCGCAGGUGCUUCCCACCAGGAAGCAUGACGGGUGCUCCCAAACGACGAAGCGUCCAGCUGCUGGAACGGCUCGAGCUCAACCUGGCGGAUGCAGAGAGGGAUGACGAGCUGCGUGCCAGAAGGGGCAUCUACUCAGGUGCUCUUGGCUGGCUCGGCUGCGAUGGCGCUGCCGACUUUUCCGUCGUCAUCCGCACGCUGAUCGCUGACGGUGACCAAGUCUCGAUCGGUGCUGGUGGAGCGAUCACUUACCUUUCUGAUGCCAAGAAUGAGUGGCAGGAAGUGCUUGACAAAGUCACUGCCCUUGCCAAUAUCGAAUCCUAG